UGGAGAGACAGAAAAAAGGGAGAGCGCGCACUCCAGGUUGGCGCAGGCACUGGUCCGGGAGAACGGAGCAUUGUGCACGGCGGCAGCAUGGCUUCGUCUCACGGGAGAAGCGACAUGCGGUUUGCAGACUGGAUGGCAAGUUUACCGCAGAGCAUGCACACUAUUCCGCUCACCAACCUGGCUAUUCCCGGUUCCCAUGAUUCCUUCAGUUUCUACAUUGACGAGGCGUCUCCAGUGGGCCCUGAGCAGCCGGAGACGGUGCAGAACUUUGUUUCUGUUUUUGGCACAGUGGCCAAAAAGUUAAUGAGGAAGUGGUUAGCUACACAGACUAUGAACUUCACCAGCCAACUGGAGGCUGGGAUCCGCUUCUUUGAUCUGCGCAUCUCCACUAAACCCCGUGACCCCGACAACGAGCUGUUCUUCGCCCACGGGCUCUUCAGUGCCACGGUCAGAGAAGGUCUAGAGCAGAUCAGCAGUUUCCUGUCAGCUCAUGCCAGAGAGGUCGUGUUCCUGGAUUUCAACCACUUCUACGGUGUGCAGAACCUGCACCAUGAAAAGCUGGUGGCCAUGUUAAAAGAGGUGUUUGGAGACAAACUCUGCCCAGUCGUCUUUGCUCAGGAGGUGACUCUGCAGUAUCUGUGGGAGAAGGAGUACCAGGUGCUCGUCUUCUACCACCAUCCCAUGGCCCUAGAGGUGCCCUUCCUGUGGCCAGGCCAGAUGAUGCCCUCUCCAUGGGCCAACACCACCGAUCCAGAGAAGCUGGUGCAAUUUCUUCAGGCGUCUGUCACUGAUCGCAGGAGGAAGGGGACCUUCUUUGUGUCCCAGGUGGUUCUGACACCCAAAGCCAGCACGGUGAUGAAGGGCGUGGCUAGUGGACUGAGAGAGACAAUCACAGAAAGGGCCUUACCGGGCAUGAUGCAGUGGAUCAGAUCGCAGAGACCCGGGGAGAGCGGCAUCAACAUUAUCACAGCUGACUUUGUGGAGCUCGGAGAAUUCAUCAGUGCCGUCAUCACCCUCAACUAUCACCUGGAUGACGAUGAGGAUGACGCCACCUGAGAGGCCGCAGGGGGCAUCAGGGAGCACAGUCACCGCCACCACCACCGCUAGGGGCUUGGUCUGUGUUCUCACUCUUUUCUCUUUGGCAUUUAUUUCAGGAGGGGAGCUGCACUGCUCCUUUCACUUUAUUUAGGGCUAUAGUGAAUUGAGAGCUCAAAUGGCAAAAAGGGUGUUGAGGUGAGAGAAGUUGGGAGAAACAACACUGGUGUUUGGUAGGAGCACAAAGAAAAUUAGGUUUUGUUUUGUUUCCUUUUAUGGGGAUCAAAAUAAUUUUUUUGAAGUGUUUGUUUUACUUACUUCCUGUGCUGUAAAAAGUAACUGCUUUUUCCACUGAUCAAACACAUCGUUUUCAGGCUUCGUGGGGGGUACAUUCCUCACAGCAUAUCAACUUUCUGCUUUUGGUACAUCAUUUUUGGUUUUCUAGUGAAAGUUUUUUUCAGAGGUUCUUUUAGUUAAAAUAAGUCUGUGUAACUUAAACCACUCAAAUUGUAGGCUGGUGUAAGUAGCUUGCCGUUGUUCGUCCAAAUCUGUCCAAGAGUUUUUAAUACAAUAUGCACCUCCAGUCAGAUCUCUGCGGGUGUUUCUGCAAAGCACCUCGGGUAGAAUGUGUUUAAUAAAUGUUAUUACAAUGUGUUUACUCAAUAAAAAUGAACCGUUCUUCAUAUGUUUCCUCAGCUGCAAUCUCUCAAACAACUUUUUCCCAGUAAUAGCUUCUUCUGAAGUCAGCUUGUAGCCUAGACAUUGAUCAGACACCUUUGUACAUUGGUAAGCCAUUAAUUCAUGCAAGAGUGCUGCAGAACAAAUGCACCAAUCUUGCUGUUUAUCUUUGGUGCAUCUAAACGAGAAAAUUUCAACAAAGUCAGAUUGUUUAAAAUUUCCAGAGAAACAUCAGCAAUCGCUGCAAGGUACAAAAAGUAAUAAAUUCUUUAAGAAAGCUAGAAAUGCAAUCAAUGUCUACCAGACAUUUUUAAAUGGUUAGAGUCCAACGUGACAAUUUUAUUGGAUUUUGUGGUGGGUGCUGAGUCGUGAUAGCCAAGUAUAAACAUACAGUACAUCUGGGUAUGAGAGUUUAUCCGCUGUCUGUGUGUGUGCCUCUACUUACUGCUGUAGUGCAGUAUAUAUGAGUCAUCACGAGAUGUAUCACAGUGGUGUGUCUUUCAUAAUAACAGGUGAUGAAGUUGCUUAACACUUACUCAGAGAGCAGUUUUAAAUCAAGUCAGAAAAGGCUAAACAUCAUAAUUAAGGAGUCAGGAGGUCUUAAUGUAACAGCUUUGACACUUGGAAAAUAUUAUAAGUGUUUAGUUUAAUAUCUAGCUGUAACUCUUUGGUGUCUACCUUACUAGGUGUUACAUGUUCCUGAAUGUUACUGAAUCCCCGGAUUUCUGCUGUAUUAUUUAGUGCACUUUUAUUUAUGUUUGAUCAUUCUAAACCCUGCAGUAUUUCAUUUAAGAUGGGAAAGUACUAUGAAAUGCCACUGGACAGAUAAUGGGAUUAUUUUUAUUGCAAGGUUUUACACAUUAUGCAUGAAAACAAUCGCAUACAAGUCAAACAUCCACACACCUUCUGAUCAGUCUGGCACUUCCUGCUGAGAAUGUAUUCUGUAAGGACAUUGUUGUCUAGUUUGGUAAUGUACAAUCAAACAGGAAACACAACUCUUUGGAUUUGUGAAUGUAUGUGUCUUGUGAGUAACUGUGCCAUUUCUAAACGAAACAAAACAAAACAAAAAAAGUCUCAUGUGAUUGAGUGACUGAGUAUCGGUUAGAAAGUCAUUUUUGUAUUGUAUGCUUCAAUGUGGAACUGAGUUUUAGAGUUCAAACAGUGCUUCUUUCACUUCAGUGUGGUUCCAUGUUCAAAUGUUUUAUAUCGUGGAAAGGUUGUACAUACUGUAAUUGCAAAUAGCAUACUGCCGAUGAAUUGUAAAUUAUUUAAACUAUUGCAAACUCAUUGAUAAUAAUUUCUUAAGUGAGGUUCCAUAACGCUUCUUCUUUUCAUAUUUUCAGUUCUGUGCAUGAAACUGCCAGUUCUACAUUUUGAUGUUUACCCACAUUAGGUUUGUGCAUCUCGUCAGUUAUUUCUUAAAAUUGUUCUCAAGAGCAUGGGUGCAUCUCAGCUCCAGAAGUUUUUACCCUUUAAGACACAUCUCCAAAUUUAUUUUUUAAAUGUUGCACUGCUACUGCCCCAUACAGAUGAUAAAUGAAGCCACACAAAUGAGCAAACUUGAAGAGGGUUGCAAAUUGUGUUGUAAGGACAUUUGUGUCUUCCCUGGUCCAAACUGUUGUCAUUGCCUUUAUGUUCUGGUGUGAAAAGAGUCCUGCUGUUGUAAAACUCCAAAACUUUCGUUCAAAAGUGACUCUGUUCUAAGUGGAAACGGCAAAUCAAAUCAAAUAAAGCUUCU